AUGUUAAAUUGCUGUAUUGAAAGAAAGAAAGCAAGGGAUGAAGGGAGAAGAGGGAACACAUCUGAUCGUUCCCCUGGGGCUUCUUCUGGUGAUGCUGGGAAAGGAGGAGACCACUCUAGAGAAAAUCCAAAGGAGACUGAUAAAGAAGUUGGCAAGUCUUGGGAAUCAUGGAGUGACAGUGAGGAGGAAUUUUUUGAAUGUCUGAGUGACACAGAAGAUCUGAAAGGAAACGGGCAGGAAAAUGGAAAGAAAGGAGGAGCAAAAGAAGGCAGCAGAGAGUCUGUAAAUAUAAAACCAGAAGGUCGUCUACAUCCACACGGAAAGUUGACAUUGCUUCAUCCGGGAGAGCCUCUCUACAUUCCAAUAACCCAGGAGCCAGCCCCCAUGACUGAGGAUUUGCUGGAGGAACAGUCCGAGGUACUGGCGAAGCUGGGGACGUCGGCAGAAGGCGCUCAUCUUCGGGCCCGCAUGCAGAGCGCCUGCUUGCUCUCGGAUAUGGAAUCUUUUAAG